AUGGCCUCCGCAGACGCAUUCUACACCUCAGCAGCGGUAGCACUGGAAGAGGAGGUCGGCGAGGGCGCCGCCGCCGGCCCAUCAAGCAUGGGCGAUGCGGCGGCCGCGCUGUCGCUCGCCGAGGCGUUCGACGUCGAGAACACGGCCAAGCUGAUCCUCGAGGGGGGCUACAAGACGAUCGGCCUCCAGUUCCCCGACGAGCUCCUCCCGUCCUCGGUCGCAGUAUACCGCGCGCUCCAGCGCCUGGUCGGCGCGUCGGGCGCCCAGACCUACGUCCUGGCCGACUCGACGCACGGGGCGUGCUGCCCCGACGUGCUGAGCUGCCUGCAUUUGCCGGCGGAUUUCCUGGUGCACUACGGGCAUGCUUGCCUGACUCCAACCGACGCCCUGCCCGUCCACUACGUCUUUCCGCGACGAAGCCUCGACGUUGCCGCGGCCGCUGAGGCGCUCCGCGCCGUGAGCACGGACGAGGUGGCGGAGAAACGCGGCAUCGUGGUGGUCUGGGACGUUGCGUACGACUGGCACGCCGAGGACAUUGUGCGAGAGCUUAGCGCCGCAGUCGACGUGCCGAUUUCGUUUGCCACCAUCAGCCGGCCAAGCACCCUGCCCAAGCCCGACGCCGACGCCGACGCCAAGGGCAAGGCCCCUGCUCUGCGGAGUAUCCAGCCCCCCGCGGGCGUCGAGAUGGCCGACGCCGUCGUGUGGUACAUUGGCGAGGAGGGUCGGUCGCUGCUCAACCUGCAGAUGACCCACGCCACCAACCCGCUCUUCGCCUACGCGCCCGAAACCGGCGCAUUCGCCGUGCACCCACGCAGCUCGCGCCUACUCCAGAAGCGCCUGUUCGCCCUGCACUCGGCACUCGCUGCCGACGUCUUUGGUCUCGUCGUUGGCAACAUUGGCCUGGCGUCGUCCAAGCCCGUUGUCGAGGAGCUGCGGUUGGCACUGAAGAGAGCGCAGAAGAAGAGCUAUACGUUGUCUGUGGGCCGGCUCAACCCCGCCAAGCUGGCCAACUUUGCCGAGAUCGAGUGCUUUGUGCUCAUUGGCUGUGCGGAGGGUGGUGUUGUCGAUUCCAAGGACUACCUCCGGCCAAUGAUCACGCCGUACGAGCUCACCCUCGCGCUCAAGGGCACCGAGCACAUCUGGGACCCGUCCAAGUGGACACUGGACCUUGAUGCGGUGCUCGAUGCGGCCAAGGAGGAGUCUGAGCGUCUCAAGGACAAGGGGGACGAGUCGGAGGAGGAGCUCGAGUUUUCGCUCGUGACGGGCAAAUACCGCACGCGGAGGAAGUUUGGCGCCGGCCAGGAGGACAGCAACGCGACGCUGCUCGUCGAGGGCACCAAGGAGCUCACGCUGCGUAACCAGGACACGUCGCUGGCCAAGCUCGAGUCCGCAGGUAGCAUGUUCCUCCAGUCGCGCAGCUUCCAGGGGCUGGAGGCGAGGUAUGGUCUCGACGAGCCUGCCGUGCUGGAGCAGGGGCGUAGCGGUAUUGCUCGUGGUUAUACCGAGGAGAAGUAGGUGUAAGCCGAGCAAAGUAGAUGUAUACACAAUGGAGC